AGAAGGAGGGGUUGGCCGACUUCGCUGUUCAAUGAUGGCUCAGGUCCAGCUUAUGUACUUCGACCCUUUCUUUGUUUCUUCUUGCCUUGCUUUCAUAUCUACCCGCUUCCCUUGGCUUGGAGUCAUGAAACUCCUAAGCAUGAGUUUUGCAGAGUUUCAAUCACGCCGCUUGCUUCUUGUUAUUGCUCUUGCACUGUGCUUUAACCAAGUCUCCUCCACCACCAAUGAAACAGACAGACUAGCGCUGCUCGCAUUUAAGGCCAGCGUAAUCGGAGAUCCUUUCGGCGUGCUCAACUCAUGGAACAACAGUAUCGGAUUUUGCCGGUGGUAUGGCGUUACGUGCAGCUGGAGACACCAGAGGGUCACGGCCGUGGACUUGCGAUCACAAGGACUUUUCGGAUCAAUAUCACCUCAUAUUGGGAAUCUCAGCUUCUUAAGGGAAUUAUGGCUCCAAAACAAUAGUUUCAGUCAUGAAAUCCCUCAGCAAGUCAGCCAGCUACGCCGCCUUCGUGUCUUACGACUAGACAACAAUUCAUUGGCCGGUGAAAUUCCCAAAAACAUAUCGGCCUGCUCUAACCUUGUUGGCCUCGUCCUUCAAUACAACCAACUAAGUGGAGAAAUUCCUACCGAAGUCGGUUCAUUAUCCAAGCUACGGUUUUUUUAUUUAACUUCUAAUAAUCUCACUGGGAUUGUGCCUUCCUCCAUAGGGAACUUAUCUUCACUAGAGAUCCUUUAUUUAUCUCGGAACAACUUGGGCGGGAGCAUUCUACAAGUCCUAGGCCACCUGACAAACUUUCAAAUCAUUGCCUUUGCAGGAAACAAAUUGUCGGGUACAAUUCCAUCUUCUUUACUCAAUCUCUCUUCGCUAGUUCAGUUUGAUGCCGGAAACAACCGAAUACAGGGGACUCUUCCUGUAAACAUAGGCCUCAAACUCCCAAAUAUUGAAUUUUUUAGCGUUCUCGGGAACCAACUUGAGGGGCCGAUUCCUCCCUCGAUAUCGAAUUGGACAAAGCUAGAUAAGCUUCAACUUGGAGACAACAGAUUUUCAGGGAAAGUGCCUUCUUUAGAAAAUUCGCAUAAGCUUAGUUGGCUUCAAGUCUAUAUUAAUCAGCUUGGAAGUGGAAAACCUGAAGACUUGAGCUUCCUUUGCUCGUUAACUAACAGCACCAAAUUGCUGUACGUGGGCAUUCACGAGAACAAGUUUGGUGGGGUGCUACCAAAAUGCAUAGGUAAUUUAUCCACCACUCUCACAACAUUUACUUUAAACGAUAAUCGAAUAUCCGGUGAGAUUCCAGAAGAAAUAGGGAAUUUUGUCAACCUAAGAUUAUUCGUCAUGGGGCUCAACCCGCUUUCAGGUGUUAUUCCCUCAGAUUUGGGGAAUCUACAAAAUCUAGGGAUAUUGCACUUAAGUUAUAGCAACUUGGAGGGGACUAUCCCAUCUUCUUUGGGAAAUCUAACCAAGUUGAUUGCACUAUAUCUUAGUGGGAAUCACUUUCAUGGGCAAAUUCCUUCACAUCUAUCAAACUGCCAGUCUCUUAAUCUGCUUGACUUGUCUGACAACAAUUUGAGUGGUGCCAUACCCCCACAGCUUAUAGGUCUCUCAUCAUUAGCGAUUAUUCUGAAUUUGUCUCGUAACCAUCUGACUGGGAUUCUACCCACAGAAGUUGGCAACUUAAGAGCUUUGACUGCUUUGGACAUCUCGGACAAUUUAUUGGUAGGUGAAAUCCCAACUAGUUUAGGUGAUUGCACUGCAUUGACAUCAUUGAGAAUGGGGGGCAACUUCUUCCAAGGGUCGAUUCCUCAAUCAAUCAGAUCGUUAGGAGGCAUUGAAGAACUAGAUCUUUCACAUAACAAUUUGUCGGGUCAAAUUCCAGAAUUUUUAUCGGUAUUUCGUUUCUUGAAACUUCUGAAUUUAUCAUACAAUAAAUUUGAAGGCAUGCUGCCACGUGAAGGAGUCUUUAAGAAUGCCACCGGUACUUAUAUUGUUGGGAAUAAUGAGCUCUGCGGUGGAUUGCCAGAAUUUCACCUACCCAAUUGCAUCACCAAAAGAUCCAAUCGCAAAAAGGUCAAUUUAGCGAUAUUUUCUGCUUCUGUUACUUUUGGAAUUCUUGGAAUAUCUCUUAUUCUUGCUUUCACGUACUAUUGUUGGUCGAAGAAGAAAGUAAAUGAACCAGCUUCAAGUUCAAUGGAUGAUUUAGGUUUGAACGUAGGUUUGAACGUAUCUUAUGGAACACUCCUAAAAGCAACCAAUGGUUUUUCUUCAACAAACUUGAUCGGUGUUGGAAGCUUUGGUUCUGUUUACAAGGGGAUACUUGAGGACAAUGGAGCCGCUGCCGCUGUGAAGGUGCUUCAUUUAGUUCGUCAUGGUGCUUUGAAGAGCUUCAUAGCUGAGUGUGAGGCAUUAAAGAAUAUCAAACAUCGAAAUCUUUUGAAGAUAUUAACAGUUUGUUCAGGUAGUGAUUAUCAAGGAAAUGAUUUUAAGGCCUUAGUUUAUCAAUUCAUGGAAAAUGGAAGCCUGGAGCAAUGGCUCCACCCAAAGGCAACAUCAUUUCAUGGGAAUGAGCUUAUGAAAAAAUUGAAUUUCAUUCAGAGGAUAAAUAUUGCUAUUGAUGUUGCUUCCGCACUGGAUUAUCUUCAUCACCAGUGCCACAUUCCCAUCAUUCAUUGUGAUCUAAAGCCAAGUAAUAUCCUCUUAGAUGCCGAGAUGGUCGCACAUGUUGGGGACUUUGGAUUGGCGAAAUUCCUUCUUGGAUCAUCCCUCGAGACUGUAGAUAAUCAGAUGAGCUCAGUGGGUCUUAGAGGGACAAUUGGUUAUGCUCCACCAGAAUAUGCAAUGGGAUGUGAGGUUUCAAGAGAAGGCGACGUCUAUAGUUAUGGCAUUCUCUUAUUGGAGAUGUUCACCGGGUUGAGUCCCACCGAUGACACAUUUAGAGACAAUUUGACUCUUCAUAGUUUUGUCGCAAAAGCUUUGCCUGAACGAGUGCUCGAAAUUACGGACAACAUUUUGCUUAAUGAAAGAGAGAGCCAAUUAGGCCCCCAUAGUCCUAAUGAGUGGCUUUCCGAUAGCCAUGGCAUAUUUCAAGAGAGUUUGGAUAUGGCGUAUAAUGUUGGAGUUGCUUGUUCGAACGAAGAGCCUAAAAGACGGAUGAGCAUAAGAGGAGUCGCAAAUCAGCUGAAUCAGAUUAAGGAGAAACUCUUUGCAUUGGGUUUAUAUGGACAAGAUGAACUACUCACAGCUUAUAUUUAGCUGUUAUACAUUGAGAGUUGUUUACGCAAACGGAAGCAGACAGGUGCCUGAAAAAGUGAAUUUCAAGACGAUGCUGGACUCAAAAGGGCCAGAGGGUAGUUUUGCUUGGAAGUUUGGGUAAAGGGUUCAGUAACUUGACCGUAAAUGGAAACAUCCACCAGUGUGCAGUCAUUCUUAUGCAAACUCUGCACCGGCCUCACUUGUUCCGGGUGCUUUGGUUGUUAACAUCUGUGACUGUUGUUCAUGUCUCUAGCAAUAUUGAUCAGAAUGUAUAGAGAUCUGUGUUACGUCAUGUUGGUGAUUGGGUUAGUUUGUUCUCUUCCUUGUGUGUAUCAUAGUCAACAGUGAUGUAUAGUUUCUCAGAGGUGGACCACACGCAGAUUGCAGACAUCACUUCAGACAUCAGUUUUUUCCCCCCUGAAUGAAUGACAGGAGAAAGUCAUUUUGAUUGCAGGAGAAAAUUAUUUCAUUAAAGAAUAGAUUGAACCUGAGAUGGCUUAAUGUUGGAUGUGUUUACUUUGAAGUCUGAUAGAUUUUGAUGACUAAUGCAAGUAAAGGUGGAGUGAACACAUAAUGGAAGUGGAAAUGUGACCCAGUGGUAAUAAACAGAAUUUCACCUCGU